UUUCCCAGCAGUAGGUACACCUCCCAUGUCCUUUCGUCGCUCUCUCGCGCCUCGCGGGGCUCUCGGUCGGCCUCGGCGCUUGACUCAAUAAAAAGGACGUUUCCACCCUACUUUUCUCUAUCCAGAAGCUCAUCGUUCUCCCUCUCUACGAGAUAUUUCCUGCCAUCCUAGCCUCAGUGCUUGAUACUUUCCGUGUCGUUCAACCCUUUCUCUACGACAUGGCUCUCUCGUGCAAUCAGGCUGCUGUCUUGUCCUCCGCCAUUCUCUCCAAGGGUCUGUUCACCGUGUCUUCCGCUUCACAAUUGAAACCGAGAUCGUUUAUUGCACUUGGACUUCCCGGAAUCAGGGCUGAAGCUGCACCCGCCGCCGUAAAUCGUCCCGAUUUAAAUGCCCCCGCCACUCCCGUAACGCCCUCCGGCGCAGCCAUGGCGGAUUUCCUCGUCACUUUCAGCCGCACACUGAACCACGCUCCUGGAAACGGCAAGAGCAUCGCCGGUGCAGGGAGGGCUCUUCUCUCCCGCGUGCGAAGCGGCAUUAACUAUCUCGGCAUGGAUGCGGAUGUGGAGUCGCAGGUCAGGCGACAGCUGCGUGUCGCAGAGGCCGAGCGACUGCUUCUGGCGAUCGAGAGCGACCUUGUGCAGAUCGCCAUCGACGAGUCCGUGGAGUCGAACAGCGUUCCCGUGCAGCUGCUUCGCAUGCACUGCGCCCAGGCUGCUAGAAUCCUCAGAGUCCUUUGAAGGCUUUCUUAUCCCGCCGAUGGCUGGACUGCCCUGUACUUGUGUAAAUUUUUGUGGGACUUCGAUCCCCGCCUGCAGCCGUUUGUUUUUGCUGAUUCUGGGUCCUGUUGGAUAUCCAUCAGCUCAGGGUUUAUUUGAUUGUCAACCUUUGUAGUGAUUCAGUACAUUACAUUCCAUUCCGC